UCCAGAAUUCCGUCCGUGCGUCAACAGCAACAGCUCGGAUGUUGCGAUAUCGCUGGCAGCCAAAGAUUGCUGUGGUUGCAGAGAUUAGGCUGCUGGGUUGAAACCUCUGCCUAACGUUUUGGUAGAUGUCAAAUUGUAUGUUUUUUAUCUGCAGUCGCAUCAGACGGAGGAUUACGUUGUCUGUCGACCCCGCGCGUGCUUGUGUUUGUCAAUGGCUGCAGCGGCGCUAACACGUUAGCUUACAACAAAAUCACAGUUUUAAUCUAAAUGGGAGCAAUUAAAUAGCUCGACGGGCAGCUAUGUGCCAUCCAAAGGCGGCUUCACUUGACUGAGGAUGGAAAGAUUGUUCCAGGUAUCGCGAACACACAAGUCACACGUCGGAUACAUCGCAACAUAAGACAUUAUCUUCAGAGGAUAACCUGGAUAACCUUACACGAAAUGUCAUAGCGCGUUAAGUAGCUAGCACUUAGCUAGCUCUGUAAUGGCUGGACGAGAUGGAGAAGGAGCUAAUGUUAUCAUCAUCAGCAGCCGACCAUGAACAGCUGGAUGGAUAGCUAAAGAAAGACUUUCUCCGGAGAUGCUUUAGCCUCCUGGGUGGUGUAAUUCACUUACAUAACAAGCGAGUCGCAACCGCUCUAGCUAUCACAAACUGGCUUGUGUUUGGCAAGCAAAUGGGAUCUGCUACCAACAAAUCUGUCAAAAUCACAAGUAAAAAAGGCAUCCCUGCAUGGUUUGAGACUAAAAGUAGACUCGUCCGAUUUUAGGUGCACAUUCUGACCAGCAUUUAUAUAUCAGUGCAAUAUUUCAGUGCACAGGAAACAAUCCCUUCAUCUGAGUGAUUGAUACACCUCCUGUCAGCCUGACAACAUGAGGAAGUUCUUUGAUUCCCGUCGGGAGUUGGUGAGCUCCGGGCCCGGUUCUGGAGGGGGGGGCAGCUCGGGGUCCAGUCAUGCAGGCGGAAAUUUCAUUGGCAGAAACUUCACUGUCGGGCGGCACCAAGUCACUGUGGAGGAGAUCAUUGCUGAAGGUGGCUUUGCAAUUGUGUUCCUGGUGCGAACAAAUCAAGGGGUGCGCUGCGCCCUGAAGAGGAUGUAUGUCAACAAUGAGCAUGAUUUGCAGGUGUGCAAGUGCGAGAUACAAAUAAUGAAAGACCUUGUUGGUCACAAGAAUAUUGUUGGUUAUCUGGACUCCAGCAUUACUGCUAUGGGAUCAAGGGAUGUGUGGGAGGUUUUCAUUCUUAUGGACUUCUGCAAGGGGGGACAGGUGGUGAAUUUGAUGAAUCAGAGGCUGCAGACCGGCUUCACUGAGGCUGAGGUGCUGCAGAUCUUCUGUGACACCUGUGAUGCUGUUUCUCGCCUGCACCAGCGCAAGACACCCAUCAUCCACAGAGACCUUAAGGUGGAGAACAUCCUCCUGCAUGACAAGGGUCACUAUGUGCUGUGUGACUUUGGCAGCGCCACCAACAAGUUCCAGAGCCCUCAGACCGAAGGAGUGGCCGUCGUGGAGGAAGAGAUCAAAAAGUACACAACGUUAUCAUAUCGUGCUCCUGAGAUGGUGAACCUCUACAAUAACCAGAUUAUCACUACAAAAUCAGAUGUCUGGGCUCUGGGCUGCUUGCUGUACAAAGUGUGUUUCUUCACUCUGCCCUUUGGUGAAAGCCAGGUGGCCAUCUGUGAUGGCAGUUUCACCAUUCCAGACAACUCCCGCUACUCUUAUGAUCUGCACUGCCUCAUUCGGUACAUGUUGGAGCCAGACCAAGAGAAAAGACCUGACAUCUACCAGGUCUCCUUCUUUGCUUUUAAACUAGCUCAGCGGACCUGCCCUGUCCAGAAUGUGAAGAAUUCUCCAAUUCCCUGUAAACUUCCUGAGCCAAUCAAAGCGAGUGAGGCUGCAGCAGCAAAGAAGAACCAGGCUAAGCCCAGAUUGACGGAUCCUAUUCCCACCACUGAGACCUCCAUCACCCCCCGCCAGAGGCCCAAAGCCGCCCAUACGCAGCCCGCCGCUGGCAUCCUCCCCAUCCAGCCGGCUGCUCUCACCCCUCGCAAGCGGGCUAAUCUCCCUGGUGGUGCAGCUCAGCCUGUGGGAGUCAGUCUGAACCUCUCUCAGCCGGCUGCAGCUCUGCAGUCACAGAAGGCUCAGACUUCAGUCCUGCCAAUCGUCCAGCCGCAAAACAAUUCAAAUCAGGCUGCAGCUUCACAGAAGCAGGUGCAGCCAGCCGCAGAGAUCACAGCAGCAGCAGCAGUGGUGUCUCCAGUGACCAAGGCUGAACCCCAAGCACAGCCCAUAGUUCAGCAGCAGACCACCCCCCCCCCCUCAGCCAGCGCCCCCUCCCAGCAGGCCGCUCCAUCGAGCCCGGCCGCUCCUCAGCGUCCCGCUCGGCGUAAGCAGGCUCAGCAGCCGGCGGCUCAGGCUUCCCCCGUCAAACAGGCCCCAGGUCAGCCGCUGGUCUCUCAGCAGCAGCAGAUAACUCCGCCAUCAGCCGCCCAGGCUCAGCCCGCCCCCUCUGAGAGCGGCCCGAAAACAGCUGAGACGACUCCUCCUUCCUCUCCAAAGACAACUGAAGAGCGAGGCCACCAGCGCACACCGAGUGACGCCAAACCGAGUGAUGCCACAGUGCGCGGCGUCGCUGGAGUUCCUGUGAGCGACUCCUCGCAGCAGCCGCAGGGAGCUAAUGCAGACGCUGCCCCCAACCAAUCACUUGCAUCUCCACCCAGUACCGCCCAGCUUGUUGACUUUGGUGUUGUUGAUGGAGGCCAGGACCAGAACAAAUCUGGACCCCCUGCUGAGACCACCGACUCCGCCUCGCAACCUGCAUGGAACCCAUUUGACGAUGAUACAUUUUCCAACCUCUCUGCAAAUGGUUUCAAAACUGAGGACAAAAAGCCUACAGAUUUACUUUUAGAAACUAAGCCACCAUCCACAGAGGAGUUGAUACCAGGCCUGCUGGACUUAACUGUGGAUACACCCCAAGAUAAUGUUGAAAGAGCAUCAAACCUUGUUGAUGUGGAUUCAGGAGCCUCUCAGCUGGUUGUCCCAGAUCCUUUCAGUAUCCUCGAUCUGUCAGAUACACCAGAAAAGCUGAUAGAAGGACUCAAAUCUCCAGAACCAUCUUCACUCCUGCUUCAGGACCUCUUGUCAUUGUCUGAUCCCUUCGGCUGCUCUGUGGAAGUGGCUGCAAAAGACCCUCUCACCACAGACCACUCUCUCCUGGGCUGCUCUCUGAUCUCCGGUUCCUCCGCCCCCCCGGCAGCGAGCAGCAGCGUCACCUCCUCCUUCUCCUCCGCUCCCUCCUCCGCUGCCUCUGCUCUGGAUGAUUUCAGUCUGUUGUCUGGGGACUUUGCACCGCCUGUAGCAGACUCGUCUCUCCUGAUCUCAGACUUCGAGCUGCAGCCGACCCCAGCGGAGGACCAGGAGGACGAGUUUGAUCCGAUCCCCGUCACUGGCCGGAAGAACUCCCAAGUUUCAGGAGGCCACUCGCGCAGUAACAGUGGCGGCUCUGAAUCCAGCCUGCCCCCCAGCUUGGCCCGCUCUCUGCAGCUGGUGGACCAGCUCAUCGACUUGUAGGCGGCUACCCCCCCCCCCCCCCCCCCGUAGACGCUGUAACACCGGAUUAUAGACUGGCAUAGCAUAACGGCAAUCAACACUGUUGUCAUCGCUUCCUGCACCCCCCCCCCCCCUACAGUAGAAACUCUCUCGCCUUUCUGCGCUUCUUCAUACCUCUCAAUCGUUGUCUGGCUCCUCUUCACCCCCCAUCUCUCACCCCCUCACUCACACUCUCUCUUUCGGCCAGUAACACUAACAGCAUCCUUCCUAAAGACUAACCAUCUUUCUGUCAAUCAGGAUAUACUUCUGCUAUCCAGUUUGUUUGAGCAAUAUUACCAUUAUGUCUAAUAGCAAACAAUAGGAGAUCAUUGUUGUAUUGUACAAUAGGCAUAGUUAUAAGUGGUUGUAGUUAUUAUCGUGCACAAGUGAUAUUGUCGUUGUUUGCCUUUUUCAAUUCUCCUUUAUUUGCACAUUUUAGAGUACUAGUUAAACCCAUAGGAAAGUGAAGUGACCAUUUGUUUAAAAGAGGUCAGUUUAUUUCUUUUUAAAGGGAAACUUAGUCAUGUCGGCGACAUCAGGCUGAUUUGCACAGUAUCAUUAAUGUUACCUCGGUCAGGGCUGUUGCGUGGAAUAUCGAAAAACAAUUGAAUAUAUAUAUAGAUAUAGAUUAGACUUAAAAUUACAAUCUGGAAACAGCCAUAAACAGAUGUCCUAUAUUAUGAGUUCUUGUAAUGAAGAGAAUAACAGGACCUUAACAGUUUUCCUGAUCAGACUUUACCGUGAAAGUGCCAUCAAACAAUCUGUAAACAAACUGCAGACAGACUGGAGAAAGUUAAAACUAUCAAUAUAAUAGCAAAAUAAAUAAAUGACAAAUUAAUACAUUUUCAAAUGAGAAUCAGUUGGCUUUUAUUAUGAUCUUUUUUUAAAGUGUAUACUCUAAGCAAGCAAUAUGUUGAUUUGCAAUUAAAUGACAAACCAGGGUCAUUUAACAUUGUUCAUAGCAGUGUGCCAUAUCUAUAGAAAAUGCAUGAAAUCAUAACAAUAAUUUGAUUAAUCAGCAGUAAUAGAUGAAUAGACAAAAUAAACAGUAGCUUUUGUCUAUAGAGCAAACAUUUAAGGCUAUUCAGGUGUUUUUUUUGGCACUAAAAUGGCAUUUAAAAAAAGUCAUUUCCACCCACUUGCACUUUUUGUUUGAUUAUCAACAUGAACACUCAUUCCGCAUCGUGCAAUCCUCCCUACAUUCCUGUCAUGUGUUCACUCCUAAUUGAUGUAAAUAGAUAUCUGCAUCCCCUGCAGGCUGUUAUCUUCCCGUGUAUAUAUUAAGUCAUUGUCAUAAAGCUUUACUUGUGGAAAACAUAUUGCUUUACUUGUGAAAUAUCACAUAUCCAUCCAUAUAUAUAUGUACAUAUAUAUGUGAUAGAUAUAUGACUGAAAAAUGACAUUGUUUUCCUGUUAAUAAAUGUUGAUAUGAAUAGAGUGUUAGAGAAUGAAUGUAAGAAAUAAAUAGUAGUCUAUAAUAAUAAAAUAUCUAUGAUUCUGACACCAUAAUCACUGAAUGAUAUUGAAGAAUACUCUAUAUAAAUAUUUCAUUCCUCUUUGUGAAAUUGUGGGUUGAGAAGGUUUUUCUUGGUUUUAUCUUAUUCAAUUAUUGUCGGUACAUUAAAAUGUAUAGAUAUUCCUAGACUGAAUCCCAUGUUUUCCUCCUCCUCCUCCUCUUUGUGAAAAGAAAGUGAGCCUGUGUUCACGCGGACUAAUGAAGGAUUAUAUUUUUAUUCAUAAACAGUUGACAGUUGUACGGAAAGUGGGACUUCUUCGAAUUCUGUUUCAUUUCAUCGCUACAAAAUCUCGAAUUUCUCUGAAAAAUUGUGCUUUUGUAAAGCUCCGUUUGUCUUUACGGACUUCAGUGAUCAGAGUUA